AUGCCAUUCAAUGCUCCUAUGUUGACCGUGGCAUAUCAACUCCGGCUGAGACGCCGUAUUCUCGAGUCAUACCCCGCGACUCCCGCCGGGAACUCCAGUGCUCUGGGUCAUGACCAGCCUAAGCCAGAGAGUAGAUCUGAUCUACUGCAAUUCUUGUCCAACUCGCCAGAUGAAAUUCCAACUCUGAACACGGAUGACUGGGCAUCGGAUCUUGAACUCAUGCACCAUUACUGCACCGUCACAUGCAAAACUCUGACAAUCCGCGAAGACUCACGGCAUGUCUGGCGUGUUGUUCUCCCAACGGAGGGUUAUUCCAAUAAAUAUUUGAUGCACGGAAUACUGGCUCUGGCUGCCCUGCACCGCUCCUAUCUCUUUCCAGCCCAGAAAGAAAAGUACAUCAAGGCAUCCGCCUACCACCAGGCAGCUGGGCUAAAAGAGUUCCGAGAGCUCAUUUCCUCCCCAAUUGACCCUAGCAACUGGCAGCCUGUUUUCUGCUUUGCUUCUAUGAUUAUGGUAUAUGUCUGUGCCUCGCCGAUCCGACUGGGGGAGGAUCGCUGGCCUGCUCCGAUAUCGAACAUGGUGGAGCUCUUUUCCGUCGUCAAGGGAUUGCAGACUAUUAUGGCGCCAUGGUUGGGCUCUCUUCGAAGGACCCAGCUCGCACCGCUUGUUAACUGUGUCUGGCUUGAAGACGAAAUGCUCAUUCCAAGCCAAGCAACCAUGCAGCAAUCUCUUCUUCCUCCCGAUAUUCAUGUUCGGAUAUCACAACUCCAUCAGUUUAUUGAUGAUUAUCCUUUCCCUCAUAUACAACCCCAGUCCCACCAGAACUUGAGCGCCUCGGAUGAAUUACCACGUCCUUCUGAUUACCGAAAAGACUAUAAACACACGUUGCGGUACUUUGAGAACUCGACUCGUCAGAUAGAACUUGCAGGGCCCCAUGUGGAGGUUGGCAUGGUCCUAAUGUGGGCAUACUCCCUUUCCAAAAAGUUCCAAGAAGAUUUGGAAGCAUUUCAUCCUGCAGCUCUCGUCCUGUUGGGUCAUUGGUGUGUGCUGCUGCGUAUUGUUGAUAAUUCCUGGUUCAUAAAGGACACUUCACUUCAAUUGUUGGAGGAUAUUGAGACCAAGAUCCACCCCGGCUUUAGGGAGUGGCUGGUAUGGCCGAGAAGAUGGGUCUUUGGCAAAUGA